GGUUCAUUGUUUCUGGGCUGUGUGAAAACAUACACAGGAUAUGCCAGUUGGAAUGGCUCGGGAUUUGGAAGAAACAGAUUCAUCUUCAGAGGAAGAGGAAGAAAUGGAAGGGCCAGAGGAGCACCCAUGUAUCAUGUGGACAGGUGGAUUCAGGAGGAUUCCAAUCAUGGUAUUUCAUGCUGAAGCUAUUCUAACCAAGGACAGUUACAUCCGCUUGAUUGGGGAGCGCUAUCACUUGUCUUUUAAAAUUGUGAGAACGGACAGUCGCUUGGUGCGUAGCAUUCUGUCAGCUCAUGGAUUUCGGGAGGUGCAUCCCAGCAGCAAUGAAUAUAACCUUAUGUGGACAGGAUCACAUUUAAAACCCUACGUUCUGCGAACUCUCACAGAUAUUCAAAAAGUGAAUCACUUUCCCAGGUCAUAUGAAUUAACUCGGAAGGAUAGACUAUACAAGAACAUUAGUCGAAUGCAACAGAUUUAUGGAUUCAAGACCUUCCAUAUUUUGCCUCAGACCUUCAUCCUUCCAGCUGAAUAUCAGGAGUUUUCCACUUCCUAUUCAAAGGACAGGGGACCUUGGAUAGUAAAACCAGUGGCUUCUUCUAGGGGACGUGGUGUCUAUUUGAUCAAUAAUCCAAAUCAAAUUUCCCUUGAGGAAAACAUCCUGGUUUCCCGUUACAUCAACAACCCACUUCUAAUAGAUGACUUCAAAUUUGAUGUGCGGCUUUAUGUUUUGGUGACAUCCUAUGAUCCCCUUGUCAUCUAUCUCUAUGAGGAAGGUUUGGCUCGGUUUGCAACUGUGAGAUAUGACCAGGGAUCAAAGAAUAUUAAAAACCAAUUCAUGCAUCUUACAAAUUAUAGUGUCAACAAGAAGAGUGGUGACUAUGUCAGUUGUGAUGAUCCUGAAGUGGAGGAUUAUGGAAACAAAUGGAGUAUGAGUGCAAUGCUGAGAUACCUGAAACAAGAAGGAAAAGAUACAACUGUUUUGAUGGCCAGCGUGGAGGAUCUGAUAAUUAAGACAGUAAUUUCAGCUGAAUUGGCUAUUGCAGCAGCCUGUAAAGCCUUUGUCCCACACCGUGGUGUUUGCUUUGAGCUUUAUGGUUUUGAUGUUCUCAUUGAUUCUACUCUCAAGCCUUGGCUGCUGGAGGUGAAUCUGUCCCCUUCCCUGGCCUGUGAUGCUCCUUUGGAUCUGAAAAUUAAAGCUAGCAUGCUUUCAGAUAUGUUCACACUUGUAGGCUUUGUUUGUCAGGAUCCAGGUCAGCGGUUAAAUCGGACAUCUUAUUACUCCUCUGAGACAAGGAGAAAUCCAUACCAAAAAACUCAACGCCCUGUCUCUGCACAGUCUCGAUCAUCAAAUGCCAAAUUGCGUUCCCGGCCCCUCUCUGCCAGCGAUGCUGAGAUGAAAAACCUUAUUCCUUCUGCAAAAGAGAAAGUUGCAGGAAGGCAUGUUGGCUCCAUGCUGGGCCUCUCCAUGGAAGAGAUAAAAGUGUUGCGCCGAGUGAAGGAUGAAUAUGACAGAAGAGGGGGGUUCAUUCGUGUAUUCCCUACACCAUUAACUUGGGAUAUUUAUGGGCCUUUUCUGGAACAUAAGACAACAAUGAAUUAUAUGCUGGCGACUCGUCUUUUCCAAGAAAGGGGAAGUUCAAGGAAAGGGCCAGUUCCUAGACGAGCUCGUUUAGCUCUUGCUGCUGAACUGGGCCUGGACAUUGUGGAUUGUAACGCUCAGCUUCAUGCUGCUUUAUACGAGCGGAAACUAUUAUCACUAGAGGUUCGAAAACAAAAGCGUCGUUUUGGCAAACUGAGACCAGGAAGAUUGUCAAGAUUGUCAGGUACAUCACAAUCAGCUGAUUUUAUCCUCAAGUCAGAAACAGAAUGUGAAGAAGAGGAGGAAAUAGAAGAUGAAGAACUAGAAAUAUGCCAGGGUGAAACAGUCCGCUCUCUCAGAAAUAUGCCGGUGAAAUUUAAGCCACAGUUGACAGAGAUGGUGAAGCCCCCCCACCAAGUCAAAUUACCAAAGGAACCUGAAGAGAAGCCUGUAAAUGAAGGGCUGCCUCCUCAAGAGAAACUGGAACCGGUGCCAAAGAAUGCUGAUCCUCCAUUUAAUUUGCUGCAGAUUCUGCAAGAGAACAGGAAUCUAAGUGAUUGUUCAGAGCCAGCUCCAGACUUGAAAGUGGUAUCGAGAUGGUGUGACCAGGAGAUCCUUUACUACCAACUGAAUGCCCUGGCACCUUUGAUGGAACACUUGAGCAUCCUCUGCCUUACUGUUUUGACAGGGGAUUUACUUGGCUCUCAUGGAAGCCUGCAAAAAAGACAGGACUUGAAUGAGCAGAAGGCAGGUACCAUGCAUACUCUAGAGCAGUUCUUCCAAGACACAUUCAAAGCAUGCCCAGCUUUGAUGGGCAGUGAACUUGUGGUUCGUUUUUUGAAGCGAGCAGCCAGUAAUCUUCAACAGUCGUUGAGGAUGCUACUUCCAAGUCGGCGCCUGGCUCUCUAUGACCGUAGGCGCAUCUUAGCUCACCAGCUGGGUGAAUUCAUCAUCUGCUAUAACAGGGAAACAGAUCAAAUGUCUCAGAAAAAGGCAAUGAAGAAACAGGAGGAAGAGGAAGAAGAGGGGGUAGAUGAGGAAGGCUUUCACGAAUUUAUCACUAAAGCAAGUGAAAGUGAUCUUGAGGAGGUACUGACUUUUUACACACACAAGAAUAAAUCAGCAAGUGUCUUCCUGGGAACAAAUCCUGGAGCUACGAAGCAUAGUAAUAGCCAAUUGGAAAACAGGAACAAAGGCAAUAACUCAGAAAAGAUGGGAAAAAAUGAAAAAAAGCAGUCCCAACUUCCAGUGGAGAAGGAAAAUGUAGUAGAGCAGCCAAAAGUUGACCAACCCAAAGGAACUAGUUUACCCAGUGUUCCUUCGUCAACGGAAGAUGGAGAGAAUACACCGCAAUUCAGCGUUCUUAGCACUUCUUCCUUUACUCAUGGUACCACGCUCCCACAAAGCAUCAGUAUGCCAUUGUCCUCGCAACCUGCUGCCUGUGAGAAUGUACAGUUGCCUGAUUAUCACUCAACCCCUUCCCUUUCAUCAGGUUCUAGAGCGACAUUUCCCCCUUCUUCUCACAAUGCAGCACCUGACAACUUGUCUAAUGCAGCAAAAAAUGUGUCCCGCCCAUCCUCAAACAGUACAAGCUUACAACGUUGUCGGUCUGGCAGUUACACUGUCAGCCCCUUCUCUUCCUUUCAGACUGCCAUGCAAAUCUACAGCCAGAGACUGACCCGACCAUCCUCAGCAAAAGCAGCAGGAUCAAGAAGUCACAGCCCAAGCAGACAGCGUGGUGUAUCUGCCAGAAUGAAUAAGGAUGCAGAAGACAACAAGCGUUAUAAUCAUGAUAUUGCAGCAGAACUUCAGAGAUUGGCAGAGAAGCAGGCAGCUAGACAGUAUUCGCCACCCAGUCACAUCAGCCUUCUUACACAACAGCUGACAAAUUUAAAUAUGAUAAAUGGAGCUGUUAAUAAAAUAAAUGCAACUGCUUCCAGUUAUCGACCACCACUGAAUCCAGGAGGUUCAUUUUGGGCUUUCCAAACACAGAGCAGUACUCCUGAUACCAGGCCUGCAUCUUUUACACUGAGGACGCUACAAUCUGACAGUUUUGCCUGGGAAGGGGAUACAGAGAACAGCAUACAUAGUAAGUUGAUAGGAAGCCAACCAGUGCAUCCCAAGACCCCGCCAAGCCUCGGCAGCUAUCAGCUCCAUUUUGCCUUGCAGCAGCUCCAACAACAGAAGCUUCAGUCACGGCAACUUUUGGACCACAGCCGAGCACGGCAUCAGGCUUUGUUUGCCAGCUUCCCAACAUCCAAUAUCAGUUCUGCAUCCAGUCUCAGUUCUACAGCCUUGUCAUCUAGUUCUUGUAGUCGCAGAGGAUCAAAUUCCAUUUCUGAAGUCCAGAAUGCAUCUGGUCUGCACAAAGUGAUGUCAUCCCAGAGUGCAUCUUCACAUUUGGUCCCUAAGCCCCCAGUCAAUAUCAGGAAAGUAGCAUCUCAGAGAAUAUCCAAGAUAACCUCUACAGAAAGGCAGCUGAAUGGAUUCCAGAAUAGCCUUAACAGCGCUGCAUCUUGUGAGCCACUUGCAAACUCCACAGGUUUCUUGGAAGCUGGCCCUCAGAUUAUAUUCGCCAGAGCUAGACCUUUGUACAGCCGAACCCGAGCCAUUGACACAGUUGUAGGGCAAAGAAAGAAAAGGCCAGAGGAGGGAGGGCCAGCCUAAGGUAACAAUAGGCACCUCUGUUUUCCCCAAAUUUUCUUUUGCUAACACUGUAAUUUUUAUAGUCAUGCUAAGGAAAAAAAAGGAGAAAGAUCUAUCUACAAAAAUCUCAUGAAAUGAAGUUUUGGUGAAAGGGAGAAACUAAACAUAGUAAAUGGAUGCCAGAAGUCUCUUCAUAACAUGCUAUUUCCUAGUGUAAAGUACCC